CGCGACUCCCGCAGCGGCCAUGGCGGCAGCGGGCGCGCUGCGGGGCUUGGUGUGGGGCGGCGGCUGCCGUCGCGCCUCGGCCGCGGUGCCGUUACUGUCGCCGCUGAGGGAGGCGCUAGGGCUUCCGGUUUGCAGGUCAAAGUCAGCGGUCAGCUUUCUUACUCGACCAGAUCGACCAAAUCUUGCUUAUCAUAAACUAAAAGGCAGAAGUCCAGGGGUUAUUUUCCUUCCAGGCUUUAAUUCAAAUAUGAAUGGUCAGAAAGCAGCUGCCCUUGAAGAUUUCUGCAAUUCUUUAGGUCAUGCCUUCAUCAGAUUUGAUUACACAGGAUGUGGAAGUUCAGAUGGCAGACUUGAGGAGUGUACAAUUGGGAAGUGGAGAAAAGAUGUUCUGUCUAUACUGGAUGAACUUACAGAUGGACCACAGAUUCUGGUGGGCUCCAGUAUGGGUGGAUGGUUGAUGCUUCAUGCUGCAAUAGCACGCCCGGAUAAGGUAGCUGCUCUGGUUGGAGUGGCUGUAGCAGCAGAUCAUCUGGUAACAACUUUUAAAAAGCUUCCCCUGGAGGCACAAAAAGAAAUAGAAGAAAAAGGUGAAUGGAAGUUUCCAACCAAGCACAACAAGGGUGGAUAUUACUCCCUGACAUAUGACUUUGUCAGAGAAGCAGCAAAUCACUGUGUGCUGAGCAGCCCCAUUCCUGUCACGUGCCCCAUACGACUCAUUCAUGGCAUGAGAGAUGCUGAGGUCCCCUGGCAGGUCUCACUGCAGGUUGCUGAACGUGUUCUGAGCCAGGACGUGGAUGUUAUCCUCCGCAAGACCGGCCAGCACCGGAUGAGCGAGAAAGAGGACACAAAACUGCUUGUGAAUACUGUUGAUGAUUUGAUUGACAAGCUGGCAACACUGGCAUGAGCUGCAGGGUAGCUUACCUGCAGCAACUCUGCACCUGACUCUCUUCCCUCAGUAGCAAAAACCCUCUUCUUAGCAAGAUGAUGCCAGGCCUGUGACUCCCACAGUAGAUCCUGAGCUUUAUCUGCUGUUCCCUUGCAUCUCUUUCAUAAACACAGGUAUUUUUUGUUCAUGCUGCAUUUUCACAGACAAUCCAAAAUGUGAAGGAGUGCUGCUAUAGUGUUCAGAACCUUUCCUUCACCACUUAAGCCUUUUAUUGCAAGCUUCCUAUGCUUUCAUACCAAAACGUUGAUGCGUUUUUGUUAUGAUUGGCCUGUACAGUAAAACUUUGAUUUCCCAAGUCUUUGAUACCUUUUCAGUAUUCUCUUGCUUUAACACUCUUGUAUCUUACCUCUGUAACAACCUGUGCAAAGCAAAAUGCAACUUAAGGAUUUACCAAAGUUGUUAUUAGGAAUAGUGAAUAACCUGGAGCAUAAUAAACAGAUGUCAGAAAAA